CACCUCCUAGCCCGCCAGCCCCGGGAGGUUCCCGCAUCCCGGAGGCGGAACUUAGCAUCCCGCAGUCGCACAGCCCAAAGAGCUCGCUCCUCCCGGCGCCUCGUGUUCUCCGGAGCAUGGUUCCAGGUCAUCGCUGGCGGAGCGUGGACGCCGAAAGGGAGGAUGGUGGGCUGGAGGGUGGCGGUUCUGUGCCUGUGGGUCUCCUGCGGCGCUGCCGCGGUACAGCUGGAGUACUCGGUGUUGGAGGAGACGGAGCGGGGCUUAGCGGUAGCCAAUGUCGCUGCGGACUUGAACCUGUCAGCGGUCGCUCUGUCCUUGCGAAACUUUCGCUUCCUUUCCAGCUACAGUGAGCCCUACUUCGAGGUGGACCUAAGCAGCGGUAGUUUGGUGGUCCGAGAGCCGGCGGACCGCGAGCAGCUGUGCGGCACCAAAGCUGCCUGCGUCUUGACCUAUGAACUAAUAUUCGAGGACCCACUGGAGCUGCACAAGAUGCGUGUCCACGUCCUGGACACCAAGGACAACUCACCUCUCUUCCCAGCCGGCGACGUGCAGCUGCUCAUCCCGGAGUUCCUGACACCUGGAGCCCGCUUUACUCUCCCGAUGCACAAUGCCCAAGAUGCAGACGAGGCAAGCAACGGGAUGCUAAACUACACCCUAAGCCCCAACCAGCACUUUCGCCUAGACAUGGGGUCGCGGGUCGAUGGCGGCGAAUACCCGGAGUUGGUGUUUGAGAAAGCUCUAGAUCAGGAGCAGCGCGCUGCUCAUCUGCUGGUGCUCACAGCCCUGGAUAGCGGGCUGCCUACGCUCUCUGGACACACACAAGUCACAGUCAUCAUGGUGGACACAAAUGACAACUCGCCCGUGUUUGAGCGCUCCGUGUACUGCACCAAGGUUCCAGAGACUGCUCCCAGUGGGACUGUGUUAUUCCAAGUUCAGGCCUCGGAUCCAGAUGAAGGUUCCAAUGGAGAAGUCUGGUACUCCUUAAGCAAUAGCACUAGAGCAGAGCUGAGACACCUCUUUCACGUGCACCCUAAAAGUGGAGAGGUGCAGGUAGCAGCUUCCCUAGGUGCACCUGAAGUGCUGUUGGAGGCAUACAUUGAGGUGAGGGAUGAAGGUGCCUUUGGUCUAGCAAGCACUGCCAAACUGCUGGUGGAAGUGACUGACGUGAAUGAUCAUGCCCCUGAGGUGAAUUUCAUGACUCUCUCCAGCCCAGUACCUGAGGACGCUGCCCCUGGCACAGUGAUUGCUUUACUUAGUGUAAAGGAUGAGGACCAUGGUCCCAAUAGUAGAAUCAUUUGUAGUAUAUCUAGCAGAGGCCCUUUUCAGCUGAAGUCUUCUUUUGACAACUACUACAGCUUGCUGAAUGAUGGGCCCCUGGACCGGGAGCAGAUGAGUGAAUACCAGGUCCUGGUUACGGCCUCAGAUCGUGCCUCACCCCCACUCAGCACCCAAAGGACCCUCACUAUGUGAGUUGCUGAUGCACCAAGAUUUCUUCAACCCCAACAGGAACUUUUUGUGGCUGAAAACAAUGGCCCUGGGGCCUCUCUAGGCCAGGUGUUUGCCCAGGACCUGGACUUGGGGAAGAAUGGCCUUGUCUUUUAUGAGCUGUUGGACAUUAUCUCUGAAGGGAUGCUAGUCACCAGCUUGGUGGCAGUGAAACCAUCCAGUGGUGCUAUCACUGCCAAAACUUCCUUUGACUUUGAGCAACUCAGGGGAUUUAGUUUCCAAGUAGAAGGAAGGGAUGGUGGCAUUCCUUCUAGAAGCACAACAGCGACUGCGAACUUGUUUGUAGUAGACAGGAAUGACAAUGCUCCAGUUAUCUUGUUUCCCCUGCCCAGAAAUGGCUCAAUCCCUGUGGAAAUUGUGCCCCACUCUGCCAGAACUGGACACUUGGUCACAAAAGUGGUAGCAGAGGAUGCAGACAGUGGUUCCAAUGCCUGGCUCUCCUACCACAUCUCUCAGGCUUCUAACUCUAGCCUUUUCAGAAUUUCAGCCAAUAUGGGAGAGCUCCGUACUGUAUGCUUGGUUCUUCCUACUGAUGCAGUUAAGCAGAGAGUGAUGGUAGUGGUUUGGGACCAUGGAGACCCACCACUUUCCUCCUCUGUUGUUCUCGGUGUGCUAUUGAGUAAUUUUAUAUCGCAGGUCGUUCCAAACUUUGAAGAUGUUUGGGAACAAGGAGGGCAGCUUACUGCUCAGAAAUUGUAUUUAGUAAUUGCCCUGUCCUGCAUUUCCUUUCUGUUCCGGAGGUGAUUAUUUUUCUUCAUGUGUAUCAAGUUGAGCCAAAGCCCAGUUUCUUGCUCUCAGAGCUGCUGUCACACUCCAGAAGAUCUGAGGCAUAGAAGGCAGGUAGCUUCUAAUCCUUGCGUGAAAUCAGUCACAAUAGAUAUCACUAUAGCUGAGAGACUUUCUCCAUAUUUCUAUUGAGUCUGUCUGGGACUUGGCUCUGAUUUGCUGUUGCAUGGGGAAUACAAUGCUGCUGACCUAAGAAAUCUGGCCACUGGUGUAGGACUGAAUCUGCCAAUCUCCUGUAUUCAGAUUCGGAAUAGGAAAGGGGACCAUGCAAAUGUCAAUGCCAUCGUAAGCAAAUUUUAUGGGAUCUGAUUCCUCUAGGAGAAUGGCUGUUAUGUUCUGAAAUGUUUCUUAGGUGAGCCUUUGGUAACAUUUAAUCAAUUGAACACUUCUUUUUAGCAUAUCUUGUCAAGAAUUCUGGGAGUAUAAAAGUAUUAGAAGAUUGUCAUAGCCCUCAAAAGAGCUUGAAGCUUAUUUUUGAGAGGCAAAGGAAAACAUUAAAACCUAUUAAAAAUAAAUGGUAUGUAACAAAGUUCUAACAUUAAAGGUAAUAAAGUGCCAAAAUGUUUCGUGGGUAACAUAUAUCUGUAAAGUAUUCUGAUACUUAAAAUGAAGGAUGAAAAAUAUGAGUCUUUUUAUUCUAUGAGUGAAAUAUCAUGGAAGAGAAGGUAUUUAUUCAAACAAUUAUAAUACAUUAUGAAAAGAUGAUGAUAACCACAAGAGAUGUAAAAAUAAAUUGCAGUAGGUAUUGAAAGAAGAGAAAAAAACAUGAAAGAUCAGCUGGGUGGGGAGGAGGGAAUAAGAAAAAGGCUUUGAGAGAAAUGGUAUUUGAUUUGGAUCUUGAAUGAUGCAUCAUUUAAUGAACUGUGGUGUAUUUUCAAACCUACGCUUUUCGUUAAUACCAUUUUGGUACGAUAGUCUUCUUUGAGAAAGGCACUCCAAAAUAUGGCUAAUGCUUCUACAGCAGUGUUUGUAAGUACAUAGAAAUUAUAAACAUACCUUGACACUUAUUUGUAC